UUGACAUCGGGACGGCGGUACGAGGUGGAGGAGGAACUGUCAUCGUUCUCCACGACACGAGGAACGAAAGGAGGAGGAGGGAGUGAUAUGUUAACCGAAGACAAUGACCCGACAAAACCGACAGGGGUCCUCGACAGCGCUGGCAACGUGUCUUCGUCGACGGAGACCUCGAUACAGCACCCUCGCAGCGCAAACAAUGAAACGGAAGUCAAAAACGAGGUGCAGGACUUUCCGGAGACGGACAGCGUGCCCGGGGGCGAGCUGUACAUCGACGAGAACGCCGAGGAGAAGGAUCAGGAGUAUCCGGAUUCUAUGGACAAGGCGGACUACAGCGCUUAUUACGGCGCCAAUUCCUUUUACAAUAGCAUGUACAACUCGCCAACUUACGGAAGCACAACGGUCUCGAAGGGCUCGUCGUCCCUGCAGAGCCCGUACUUAGGUUCCUACACGACGCCAAGCUCAAUGACCCAGUAUUCAUCCUACGCCAGCUACAACAGCGGCUCGACUACUUUUCCCUCCGUACCCCAGAACAUGUCCUCGGCGUCGCAGAAGAUUGACUACACGGCCUACAGUGCGUCGAUAUACGGAAACGAUAGGGUGCCCCUGCAGUACUCGGGGUACUACUCGAUGCCCGGCUACCACGCGACACCAACUUCGUUCAAUAUUAGCAACUUUACCGAUUCAACGAAAUCGGCGCUGACGUUGGACACAACUACUCACGACGCGAAUGACCCGACCGCGAGGGAAACCACGAACGUCGAAGGUGGUGGCGGUGGGAAGCCGUGCAAACGCGGCGGCCGCCGGCAGAGCGGGAGCGGAAACAACGUCGGCUCGGCGGACACGACGGAGGCCGGACCCGAGCGGAUAUUCAUCUGGGACCUCGACGAAACCAUAGUCGUGUUCCAGAGCCUCCUCAAGGGACACUUCGCCUCGACGUACAACAAGGACCCCGCCACCCUAGCCCAGCUCGCCUACAGGAUGGAGGAGAUCGUAUUCUACUUGGCCGACAACCACUUUUUCUACAACGACAUCGAGGACUGCGACCAGGCGCACAUAAACGACGUGUCAUCGGACGACACGGGCCAGGACCUGUCGACGUACAACUUCGCGACGGACAACUUUUUGCAGCGGGACAUAGCGAGCAACGGCAUCUGCCUGACCUCGGGGGUCAGGGGUGGGGUCGACUGGAUGCGGAAGCUGGCCUUUCGUUAUCGCAAGAUCAAGGAGACCUACACGACUUACCGCAACAACGUGGGGGGACUGCUUGGGGCCGUGAAGCGCGAGCAGUGGCUCAACCUCAGGGCCGAGAUUGAACAGCAGACCGACAAUUGGCUGACGAUAGCCGCCAAGUGUCUCAGUUUGAUAGACGAGCGCAGCCACUGCGUCAACGUGCUCGUCACCUCGGAGCAGCUCAUACCCUCCCUGGCCAAGGUUCUGCUGUUUGGGCUCGGUGGCCUCUUUCCCAUCGAGAACGUCUACUCGGCUUUGAAAACCGGCAAAGAAAACUGCUUCAGCAGGGUGGUGGCGAGAUUCGGGCGUAAUUGCACGUACGUGGUGAUAGGCGACAGCUUGGACGAGGAAACAGCGGCGCAAAAGCACAACUUUCCCUUCUGGAGGAUAAACAGCCACUCGGACCUGCUGGCGCUCAACAAUGCCCUGGAAAUGCAAUUUCUUUAACGCGCGAUGCUUUCUCUGUUUCGGUGGACACGUUACUCACGACAAACAAUGACACUUGAUACAAUUAUAAAUAUAAAUCAUAGGGAGUAUAUAUACAGUAUAUACAUAUACAUAGUGUGUUAAAAGGGAUCGAGUGCAAACUGCGCGUGGCUUGGUUGCAAUUUCAGUUUAACGACUUUUAUUGGUUGUACACAUGCUGAUUCGAAGUACAAAAUUGUGCGCAUUUUUUUUUCUUUAGUUUGCAAGAUGCGAAUGUAUACGCUAAGGUUCAAAGAUAAUAGCUUAAAUCUGAACGGUCGGGUCACUGAUACGUAUAAUAAGAUGUUUCGCAACUGUUCAGUGCAUGACUUAUUGUAUCGAUAAUUUAGUUAAUAAUGAGGAAUGAUGAUAUGCAAUGCAAGAGUAUGUCAUUUGAACAGACGAGACCAAAAAUAUAUAAAGGAAUCAUAACGAUGGAAUUUUAGUUGAAUUUAUUAUAUAGCUCUGAGAGUGUCUAUGAAAGUGAUAAACCAAAAUGAAAGUAUAAAAAUCGAAAGUAAGAAAAAGUUUAUGUAGGACAUUUUUUUUAAGCAAAGGAUAAUUUAGUGUUGUCGGCGAGUUUCUAUCUAUUUAUAUACAUAUCCAUCCACUGUGUAUGAAAUAGACGAGGGAGAAAAUUAAAAUAAAAUUUUUGAAAGUAUAAAUAUCUUCGUUGUCUUUAGAUGCAACUACACUGUACUUAAAAAUAGCAUUCAUUACGAGGGCGUAAAAAGUCAGCGAAGAAAGUACGAUUUUUUCGAUUUAUUUUUCCAGUGCAAUAGUGCACUUUGUCAUUAUUACCUAAAUUUUUCUGUGAUUUUAUAAGAUAAUAUAUAUUUCUCUGCAAUGAAUUCUCUUUGGCGAAAUAAAUAAAUGAAAACUAUUACUCGUAUCAUUUAAUAUUUAAAAUGUUAAUAAUGUAAAAAAACUAUAGUUUUUACCUAAUUUUACUAAGUGAUGCGUGAAAAUGAACCUAAAAUAAUCAUUUUUUACUAUUACAUAAAAUGCAACAUUCCAUACAAUGUAAAAUAAAGUUUUGUAGAAAAUUUUUAAAACUAUAUUGCAUUUUUAAAAGCAUACACAUCAGCUAAAACAUUUAAAUUGUUUGUAGUGUAUUAGACUUGGGACUUGACAGGUUGGAAAAUAUAAAAAAUUCGAUACAAUAGUGAUUCAUUUUGUUAUUUUAGAGCCACUAUAAAUAAAGAAUUUUCG